AUGGCGGCGGACGGAGAGGCAGGACUACGGCAAGAUGGCGGCGCCGGCGGGGCGGGCCGGGGGCGGGACCGGGCGGACCGUGCCCCGUCGGGAGGCAACGGGGAGGCUGAGGAACGGCACAGGAGAUGGAGGGUGGCGAGCGGCUGCUUCCCAAGGGCUUCCCCAAGCUGAAGAACGACACGUUCCUUCGUGCAGCACGCGGGGAGGAGACGGAGCACACCCCGGUGUGGUGCAUGCGGCAGGCGGGGCGGUACCUGCCAGAGUUUCGGGAGACCCGAGCAGCGCAGGAUUUCUUUGCCACUUGCCGGAGCCCCAAAUUGUGCUGUGAGCUGACGCUGCAGCCACUCAGACGAUUCCCCUUGGAUGCUGCCAUCAUCUUCUCUGACAUCUUGGUGGUGCCCCAGGCGCUGGGCAUGGAGGUUGUCAUGGUCCCCGGCAAGGGACCCACUUUCACAGAGCCCCUGAAGGAGGUGGAGGAUCUGCUGAAACUGCGACAGAAGGUGGACGUGACCGCAGAGCUAGGUUAUGUCUUCCAGGCCAUCACGCUGACACGACACAGCCUGGAGGGCAGGGUGCCCCUCAUCGGCUUCUCAGGGGCACCGUGGACACUCAUGUCCUACAUGAUUGAAGGUGGCGGCUCCUCUACAAUGGCCAAGGCCAAGAGCUGGCUCUACCGGCACCCCGAGGCGAGCCACCAGCUGCUGCGGCUGCUGGCCGAUGUCAUCACUGACUACCUGGUGGGGCAGGUGGCUGCUGGAGCGCAGGCGCUCCAGCUGUUUGAGUCCCAUGCAGGGCACCUGGGCCCAGAGCAAUUUCAGGACUUUGCCCUGCCGUACAUCCGAGACAUCGCCCAGGCUGUCAAGAGCAAGCUGAAGGAGGAGGCGCUGCCCCUGGUUCCCAUGAUCAUCUUUGCGAAGGACGCGCACUACGCGCUGCGUGACCUGGCCCAUGCUGGGUACGAGGUGGUCGGUCUCGACUGGACCAUCCGGCCCCAGGAAGCUCGUGCACAGACAGGGAAAGAUGUCACCCUGCAAGGGAACCUGGAUCCUUGUGCUCUCUACGCACCCAAGGAGAAGAUUGGCGAGCUGGUGAAGAAGAUGCUGGAGGCUUUUGGGACCCAACGCUACAUCGCCAACCUGGGCCACGGCCUCUACCCUGACAUGAACCCUGAACACGUGGGUGCCUUUGUAGAGGCCGUGCACGCUCAUUCCCGUCACAUCAACAAGCACAGCUGAGCCUGGGGCCUUGGGGAUAGAACUCUGGUUUGGGCACAGUCACCCCAAGUAGUGUGUUGUCACAGGGCUUGCUCCAGGCUGGGCUGCAGCAUUAAACCAGCACCUUUUCCGCA